AUUUUUCAGAAAACAGGCAGACAUUCUAACUUUAAAACUGGUAAAUUUUGCGAAUUCCAAAUCUUCGCAUUUCAAUCUAUACAGUCUUAUAGAUAAUUAAUAUUUAAUGAUUUUUUUAACAAUAUGUGUCCUUAUUGAUUUUAAUGAACGAAAAUUGAUAUUUAAUCUUUCCGAAUUUCUGUCUUUUUUUUUCUACAUGGGGAACUCAGUCAUCGAAAAUUUUUGGAACGAAGAUGAUUGGUCAACCCCCACCAAACCAUUUUUCUGAUUCCGUCGUUCCUGUUCUGUCUUCUAUACAUGGGAUAGCACACUAAUACUAUUCUAGAAAAUUAUGAAGUUUUAAUACAAAGUUAACCUCCAUGCAUUUUCGAAGGCAACUUAGCGUCUACGAUAUACAGAAUACUUGAAAUGGAGUCACGAACUGAAUUUAAAAUAAAAACUCCACCGUCAGAUGCAAUUUCGGCGGUGGAAUUUGGACCCAAUUCAACUCAGUUCCUUUUGGUAUCCUCGUGGGAUAGCACAGUAAGAUUGUAUGACAUUCAUGCAAAUAGUAUGAGACUCAAGUACAACCAUGAGCUACCUGUAUUAGAUGUUGCAUUCCAGGAUGCCGUACAUGCCUACAGUGGUGGGCUAGACAAUACGUUAAAAAUGUAUGAUAUUAAUAGUAACACAGAAUCGAUAAUGGGAACUCAUGAAAAACCAAUAAGAAAAAUUGAGUAUUGCGGUGCUGUUCAUGCUAUACUCACUGGAGGUUGGGAUGCUGCCGUCAAGUUAUGGGACCCACGUUCCCCAACUUGUGUGGGCACAUAUUUGCAACCUGACGUUGUAUUAGCACUCUCUGUAUGUGGAGACAAGUUUGUUGUCGGAACAGCCAAACGUAAAGUUUGCAUAUGGGACUUACGUAAUAUGGCUGGAAUGUUUCAACGUCGUGAGAGUAGUCUCAAGUAUCAAACGCGGUGCAUCAAAGGAUUUCCGAACGAGCAAGGCUACGUCCUGAGUAGCAUCGAAGGACGCGUUGCAGUAGAGUAUCUGGAUACCACGCAGGAAGCCCAGAAAAAGAAAUACGCCUUCAAGUGUCACAGAAUAAAGGAGAAUAACGUAGAAAAUAUUUAUCCCGUGAAUGCCAUUAGUUUCCACUCCACGUACAACACAUUCGCUACUGGAGGUUCAGAUGGAUACGUGAAUAUUUGGGAUGGCUUCAACAAGAAGCGUCUCUGCCAAUUCCACAGAUACAAUGCCGGGGUGGCUGCACUUAGCUUCAGUCACGACGGCUCUGUUCUGGCAAUAGGAGUCUCCUAUCUGAAUGAAGUAGAGAUACCACCUGGUGGUUCGAAUGAAGAAAGUAUUUAUAUCAGAUAUGUCAACGACCAAGAAACCAAGCCGAAAUAGCUUUAUAGAACUUUUGACAGAGCGCCUAUAGUUUGGAGUGAUCCUAUUACCAUUAGAAACUUCGCCAAGUGAGAAUCAAAAGUCAUGUGGCUACUUGGAAGAAUUUCGUAUUUUAAACAUUUGCAAAAGCGAGGAAUGGUUCUCAGACUUUUAAUAAGAAUGAAACAGUCCACUUAUAACCAGCCUGGCUAAUGACAUGUACAAACAAUGCGAGGAACGUCUUACGACUUGAAAAAAUAAUUGAAUCAUGACAGACCAGUCAUUUGGAAUAAAUCUUUCGUAAAAAAUA